AUGGCUGCUUUCGUUGGUCCCUUCAGAAGACAGAACCUCAGAAAGCUCUUGGGAAAUUUCUUGCUAACCAAGCCUGAAGAGAAUCAAGACAAGGCCCCAACAGUGCUUGACCUUGACACUCUGGAGAGAUUCUUGAUAGCCGAACCCCAACGCAUACGCCGACAGAGCUAUGUCGAGGCUUUUGAAAACAAUCGAGAUAUUUUCAAGAGCAUAAGAGAUGCCUGUGGUAACCUAGGUGAGCUGCCAGAUGAACUGUUACAGGCAGGGUUCUACGGCCUUCUCCUUCUUGGAAGCCGAGAACAGCUCAGCUUUCUUCUCGGUUCCCUCACCGAUCCCACUCAGACACCGCAAUUGAGGAAAGAGAUCGUUGAAGACGAUCUGCUUCCCGCAAUCCAGUCAAUACCGACCUUGAGCAAGAUUUGUCACAAUUUGCAGGAUCCCGAUGUGAUCCCAGUCGCCAAACCAAACCGGUCUGACGACCCAAAACACAAGGCCCUCAAACGAGAUGGUGAAGUUUGCGUAAUUACGCGUACACCAAACCCCGAGGUGGCCCACAUCUGGCCAUAUGCUGCGAUGGGAAAGCGCUCAUCAACAACAUCGUGCUUGGGAGUUUUGGCACCAUACCUGGGAGAUUACGCCCAAAAUCUUGUCGAGAAGAUUGGAGAGGAAGGCGAAAAGAUCGACCAUGUCUCCAAUAUGCUCUGUCUGAGUCCGACGAUGCAUGACUGGAUGUCGCGGGGCUACUUCAUUCUGGAGCCCUUGAGUCCGCCUGUCUCAAGACCCGCACCACCCCGCGAGUCGACAACGCGGCAAAGCAGCAGACACCAGAGAGUCGAGUGGUACAUUCAACUCAGAUUUGAGUGGUUAGAGAAAACAUCCAUUCCGCAUAUGAAAUCACCCAUAUCCUUCGACACGACAAUCCGCGCACUUGUCAUCGACCCCCAUAAAGCUCCAUUGCGAGCUUUCAACGCCAACACAUCGCGCCCUAUCGAUACUGGCGACAUGAUAGAGAUCACUGCGGACAGGUUUGAGGACCUGCCUGACUUCGACAUCCUGAAAUUGGUGACCGAUUUAACCCGUAUUCGAAGUAUUGUCGGAGCCGCGGAGCCUCCCCCCGAGACACCGACCGCUAGCUCGAGCUCCAGCGAAGGAGUACGGAAUAUCGUGGAAGGGUUGGAAUCCAUUUCUAUUGGGAAUCAACCAGAAGAAAAAGAAAAGUCUGGCUCGCCUCCCCUGAGACGCUUCCGCAACUUGGUUAGUUCGGUUCCCACCCGCCGACAGCAGCAACGUUCUUCAUCUUCUGGCACCAGCAGCCAGGGGUUUCGAAGACGGUUGGGAAACAUUGCACAAGGCUCUGUUCGCUUGGUGCGAACCAUCAGUCGCAGGGCGCUCAGGUCUGACGAUGACGCACCCAGUGGCGAAGAGGGUCAACCCGACCGACCUGAGCCUCGCCCAACGACCCCUCCGACUGCCGUCCCAGAGACUGCCCCACAGAUAUCCUCUGAAUUUAUGGAAGGACUUCCUCGCAUUGGUUUCAGCGAGUCUUAUGGUAGUCUCGUCGAGGGUCGAGGCAGCAUCAGGUCGCACCAGAGUAUUGAGUCACAUUGA